AUGAGAAAUUUAGCGACUUGCUAUAGUGAACAUGCAAUCAAGGUUUCAGAUUCGUAUUGUUCUGGGAAUUCAAACAAUAUUUACAUCUCUCCAACCUUCAAUCCUGCAAUCCAAGAUGAAGUUUCAAUCCUCUACAAUGUCAAACUCUCUUCACAAAACCUUCUGUUCAUCACAUUCACAUGGUCAACUCACAACAUUGACUUCGCCUUCACAAUCUCCAUCAACGAACCCCAUUCUAACUCUUCUAAAUCCUUUUGUUUGAGAAAGAUCAAAGGGUCAAAAAAGCUUGAACCUUUUGAUUCAAAGAUUGAACUCAUUUGGGAUCUCACGAAAGCAACCUAUGAAAUAGGUCCUGAACCGGUCAAAGGGUACUUUCUGGCAGUUUUGGUCAACUCUGAGAUGAUUUCCAUUGGUGACAUUGAAGAUUUGGAGUUAAAGAAGCUUGUUUUUGAUUACCCUUUUGCCAAAUCUUCAUUGGUAUCUCGUAGCGAGAGGUUUUAUGGGAACGCUGAGUAUUCAACCAGGGCGAAGUUUUUUGAAACGGGGACAUGGCAUGAUAUAACGAUCACAUGCAUAGCAGAUGAUCGAAGAGCCAAAAAUUCAUUGAGUUUGUGUGUUUCUAUCGACAGAAAGAAUGUCAUUCAAGUGAAGAGAUUAAGAUGGAAUUUUCGUGGUAAUCAAACGAUGUUUUUGGAUGGAAAUCUUGUUGAUUUGAUGUGGGAUGUUCAUGGGUGGUUCUUUGAUUCAGAUUCCAAUAUGAAAUCAAGAAAAAAAGGUGGGAUUUUCUUGUUUAGACCAAGAAGUGGAUUUGAUAGCAGAUUGUGGUUCGAAGAGAAGAACUUGGAGAAAGAACAAGAAAAAGUUGGUGCUUCUUUGUUGAUUUAUGCUUGUAAGAAUCCAGAUUGA